GGGGGGGGUUAGGAAGAGAGGGAGAGAGAGAGAGAGAGAGAUGGAGGAAGCUCUCCUGUGGAUGUUGAGUGUGUUUCUCUCGUAAGAGUGGGUGGGAGAGAGAGCCAUGACUGGAUUUCUUUUCCUGGGCAGCAUGAAUUGUGAAAGGUCAUGGCACUGAGUCCCGAUGAUGAAGACUAUGACACCUCUCAGCCCAGGGCCCCAGCAAGACUAAAGCCUCGGCCAGCCCCUUCGUCAGGACCCAAACUCCUUGUCCAUAAAUCGACGAGUGGUGCCCGCAGACGCAGGACACGAUGUCGCAAAUGCGAAGCUUGCUUGCGAACCGAGUGUGGCGAAUGCCACUUCUGCAAAGACAUGAAGAAAUUUGGCGGCCCUGGCAGAAUGAAGCAGUCCUGCAUCAAGAGGCAAUGUAUUGCUCCUGUGCUACCACACACUGCAGUCUGCAAGAUCUGCGGUGAGGCAGGGAAAGAAGACAGUGUGGUGGAUGAAGCGGAGAAAUUUAAUGCUAGCUUAAUGGAAUGCUCCAUCUGCAAUGAAAUUAUACACCCAGGAUGUCUAAAGGUGGAAGAUUCUGAAGGACAUAUCAAUGAUGAGUUGCCAAAUUGCUGGGAAUGUCCAAAAUGCAACCAGGAGGGUAAAACAGGCAAAAAGAGAGGCCCUGGGUUUAAAUUCGCCUCCAAUCUUCCUGGGUCUCUCUUAAAGGAGUUCAAAGAAGGUGAAGAUGGAGGGCGACGGAAGUCAGAAGAUCUCGGACGUCCGAAAUCUGAGGACUAUCAUUCAAACCGGCGGAAAUCCGAUGAUGGUUUGGGGCUAAAACGAAGAAAGGACAAGGAUGUUCCGGCAGAUUUAGGCCCAAGAAAAAAGCUAAGAGGAGGAAAGGAUGAUAAACUUCAAAAAAGGAAGAAACGGAAACCAGCACCAGAUUCUGAUGAAUCCAGUAAAACGAAUCACCUAGAAAGAUCUGAACAUGCACAAAGGAUAGAACGGAUCCGACAGAUGAUGAAGCGUGUAAACCGAAAUGAGGCCUCCAGUUCCAGCUCCAGUUCCGAUUCUGAUUCGGAUUCCAGUUCUGCUUCAGAAGCUAGUCUCCAGCGGUCAGCAGGAAGCAGUGGAGGCUCUAGUCCAAGAUCCAUUGAAAAGGGAGAUAACCAGAGGUCAAAGCUCAGAAGGCUAUCGAAUGAUAUUUUCAGCGAGGAGGAUGAUGAGGAAGAGGAAGACGAGGAGGAAGAGAACAGCAGGAACUCCAAAACCAAUUCCCUUUCUCUGGCUUCGAGUAUCCGAGAAAAUAAUUACCAUUCCUUAAAAGGGGAGAACAUUCAGAGAAACUCCAUUAGGACAAUGGGGAUUCCGUUCAAGAAAAAAAAUGGACCGUCCAGUCACUUCUGUCAGAAGGUUCUCGGAAGUCUGCCUCGUCCUCAGAUAGUAAGCAAACUCUCUGUCCAAUCACCUCCCAAACCAUUUCAAAUGGAACGCCAUGUGGUGCGACCUCCGCCAGACAGCCCAGAACCCGAUUCCCUACCACUUGCUGGUGGCUCAGAACAUGUGAUGCAGCGGGAGGUAUGGCUGGCGAUAUUCAGUUACCUCAGUCAUAGGGACCUAUGCAUCUGUAUGAGGGUCUGCAAGACCUGGAAUAAAUGGUGUUGUGACAAGCGCCUGUGGACCACCAUCAGCCUGAGCCGCUGUAAGUCCAUCACUCCCACCAUGCUGAGCGGCAUCAUUCGGAGACAGCCAAUCACACUGGACCUUAGCUGGACCAACAUCUCUAAGAAACAGCUCAGUUGGCUCAUAAACAAGUUGCAAAAUUUGAAAAUCCUGGCACUUGCGGGUUGCGUGUGGAGCGCAAUCUCUGCACUUUGUACACCAAAUUGCCCGCUCCUCCGCAUGCUGGAUCUCCGCUGGGUGGAAGAUCUUAAGGACUCACAGAUGAGGGAACUGCUUUCACCGCCUACAGAUUGCAGAAUAGGUCAGAAUGAUCACCAGAGCAGAUUGUGGAAUCUCACGGAGGUGCGCUUGGCUGGCCUCGAUCUCACUGACUCGUCUCUGGCGCUGAUCACCCGCCACAUGCCUGUGCUGAACAAGCUGGACCUCAGCCAGUGCAGCCACGUGACAGACCAGUCCAUCGCCCUCCUCACCACUGCCGGAUCUUCCACCCGGGAAACGCUGACAGAGAUCAGCCUGGCAGGUUGUCAUCGAAUCACAGAUCAGUGCUUGCUGCUACUUAAACACUGCCCAAACCUCGUCCGAAUCGACCUGCGGAAUUGCAGACUGAUUGCCCCCAAGGCCUGCCAGCAGUUUGUGGACGGGAUGGCGGCCACUGUUCCCUUUGAACUUCCCGAGGACAAACUUUUAACACGAAGCCGUUUACGACCUACGAAGUAGCAUGGCAGGAUGUCUUGACAGGAACACUCCUGACUGAGAGCAUGGACGCAGCACAACAGCGAGCUUUCUCUCGCUAGCUGCCAGGGAUCUGGGUGCAACGAACCGUGACAGUGUGGAAAUGUCCAGGGCAUCGCGUCCUUCACUGCUGGUAACAUCAGUGAUCCUGUGACUGCUGUAUAGUCUUGGCAAGAGAUUACUGACGUCAUUGUCUUCACCUAAAAGAUGAAGCAUGGUUUUUGGGGGGAAAAAAACAUUUUUGUAUUGUAAAUACAGGGUGUAAUAAGCAUUGUUCUCUGGGAUCGACCCCAGAACUCCUGCCCUCUUCUCUUCCCCCCUCCCUUCUCCCCCUCAAGACAAUACUGUAGAUUUAGGGAAUAUUUAAGAUUACACAGAAACAUGGUGGAAACAUACAUAUCAAAUCUGAUAUUAUGCAUGUUGUUAUUUUCAUUUAAAUAACUUAAGAAAGCUUAAAAGAUGGGCUGCACACUCUGAUCUUGGAAAAGAAGAUCUCCAUUUUCUUGGCAUAUCAAAGCCUAAAUUCUCAUUGCAGACGGUAAUUCAAAAUGUUAUUGCAGAGUCUUCUAAAUACCAUACACUCCCAAGCCCAGAGGGAAGCUGCACUCUACAAUUUCCCUAAACAUUCAGGUUUUCUGCAGUGUUAAUCAUAGGUGGCAGAUUUCAAGACUUAAACUAUCGCACAGCGUUGAUAGUUAUUUGGAAACAGCUGUCUGUCUCUGUGAGUUGAGCGGUUCUACAGGUUCUUUACUCUUGAGCUGCGAUAGUUCAAAAAAACACCAUCCUUUAUUGCUGUAAUAUUAAUGUUAAACCACUAAAGAUAACACAAACCACAAGUUAAAGUAAAAAUAAAAUGUCGCUGGUUCUUUCCCCAGUCGUUCCUUUUUCAUUCUAUUCUCUCUGCUAUUUUGUUUCUCAGUUAGUUUGUUUUUGAUUGUGCUGAUUUUUUACAUACCAUCUAUUCUAACAUUUUUAAACUUUCUCUUCGAAGCUUUCUUUUGUUCCCCCCCAUCCCCCCCCAUUUUGGAGUGCGAGAGGACUUGCUGUUUAAACCACUGGCUUUCCCCAAUGUGACAGUCGAUGAGUAGCUGCAAGGUGGAAGAUUGACAGGGAUAGGGUGCGGAAGUAAGUGGCCCUGUCAGUCUCUGAGCUGAAAUUGAAGGAGAAAGCUAGGAACUGCAUGGUCACUUCAAAGCAAAUUAAUGUGUACAGUAGGUAAAAUACUGCAGAUGCUCAAAAUCUGAAAUACAAACAGAA